GCGUGCGAGCUGGGGGCGCAGCUGUUGGAGCUGCUCCGGCUGGCGCUGUGCGCCCCAGUCUUCAUGACGGACAAGGAGGGUGGGCACCUGCCACCAGACGAGGUGCUGGAUGAGGCCGUGUUGGGGUACCAGCCUCCAGGGCAGAAGAGCCUUCAAGAGCUCCAGGAGCUGGACCAGGACGACGAGAGCCUGACCAAAUACAAGCGGGCACUGCUGGAGCCCCUGCCGCCAGUCUCGGACCCCAACCUGCCCAAUGUGCAAGUGACUCGGCUGACACUGUUGUCUGAGCAGGCCCCAGGCCCCAUCACCAUGGAGCUUUCAGGGGAUCUGGCUGUGCUGAGAGACCAGGUGUUUGUUCUGAAGGAGGGUGUGGAUUUCAGAGUGAAGAUCACUUUCAAGGUCAAUAAGGAGAUUGUCUGUGGCCUCAGGUGCUGCCAUCAUACCUAUCGCAAAGGCCUACGUGUGGACAAGGCUGUUUACAUGGUGGGCAGUUAUGGCCCGAAGGAGCAGGAGUAUGAGUUUGUGACUCCGGAGGAGGAGGUGCCGCGGGGUGCACUGGCAAGGGGCACCUACUUGGUCUCGUCCUGCUUCACGGAUGAUGACCAGGCUGCCCACCUGUCCUGGGAGUGGAGCUUCCGCAUCUGCAAGGACUGGCAGGAAUGA